AAAACAACCUUCUCCCGUCCAGAUCUAACGGGAGGAACCCUCCAAAAUAAAAAUUCGGAUAAACCGUAAACGAGGACGGGUGCCCAUUGUUGCCAUUUUGGGUAGUUGAAUGUUUGGUGUCGUAUUUGGGUGCUCACAGUUCCUAAUAUCGCCUAAACAAGUUGAUCAAAUGCGAGACUGUUAGUUUGCUCAAUCUCGAAUGCAAACCCUAAUCAUCCCCUGUUUUCGAUCCAAUCCUCCACUCUCUCACCAUUCACUAAAAAUUUCAGAAUGCUGAUGGGCCGUUCAGAUGUGCUGCCAGAGUUUGGUUCAUCAAAGGAUUUACUGCAUUCUGGUCCUGUAUCAGAUGCUAGUGAAGAUGAAGAAGUUGAUACUUCUGAGCAGAUACUGUACACAGCCUCUUUCAAAGAACUUGCCGCAAAAAAUGUGCAAUAUGACACCAUUAUAUGGGUUUCAAUAUCCUUGCUGCUGGUUUUAGCUUGGGGAAUAGGAAUCAUCAUGUUGCUGUAUCUGCCCAUUAAAAGAUACGUGCUUCAGAAGGAUAUUUCAUCACGUAAACUAUAUGUUACUCCUCAUGAAAUAAUUUACAAGGUGUCAAGGCCUUCCUUUAUACCCUUUUGGGGAGUAAUUACAAUAGAAAAGCAUGUACCCCUGUCGCAGGUGAUCGAUGUUAUCAUUGAACAAGGUUGCUUGCAGUCAACUUAUGGAAUCCACACCUUUAGAGUUGAAAGUAUAGCACAUGGAAAAGCUGCACCUGUAGAUGAGUUGCAGGUGCAAGGGGUUUAUAACCCUGGGCUUCUGAGGAAGAUCAUUGUGACUGAAGCUUCCAAGGUCAUACAAGAUGUUGGUAGAACUCGGAGAUCUGCUGCUCAAAUUGGUGAAGGGGAAAGUAUGGUCCGCGUUGGAUCUUCUGCUGAGGGUCCAGCUGUUUUCAGAUCACCAUCCAAAAGUUGGAAGAUCGUGGGUUCCCCACGUUAUGCUUCAGUUGAGCACAGAAGUACACUGCCUACGGAUUUGAUGCUACAUAAACUCGAAGAAGUUAGCAAAUCAGUAAAGAAAAUUGAGUUGCUUAUAGAGAAGUCCCAAGGUUCCGCAGAUAGCAGCUAAUAUGAAGGUGCUUGCUUCCCCGCCAUGGUGUAUCAGCCUCUGGUGAUUGGGAAAGAGGAGAUCGAUAAGAAAAAUGCAUAGCUACAGCCUCUGUAACUAUUGUAACAGGAAUGUAAGUUGUAGUGCGAAUAACUCAACUCUCUGUCAGGUUGUCUCAUAGCUUGCUGUACAGAAUUGAGGUUGGAAAAACACAUGCAGCGUCUUGCAACCUCAGCCAUGGAUUAGCUUUCUUACUUUUUGCUAGGUACCUAGAAAUUUUCCCAGAAAAAUACUCAGAAAAAACCAUUGGAUGGUUGAGAUUCAUUUUAAUUGAAUCUAGACAAUACAUCAAAUUUCUGGGUAAAUUUCUAGACAACUUUUCUGGUUUCCUAGCUUUCUUACAUUUUCCUAAAGUGUUCAUUUCUCUGUUUUGUUUGUUUAUUUAUUUUGCUAUUGAGUAGCAAUAGGUACUUCAUUGGAGAGAACCCUUGUUUUGUAUGCACUAGGAAAACUCUUUUUUUUUUUCUC